AAUUUGCAAAGAUGUGGCUGAUACUAAUUUGUGGAUUAGCUGGGGGUGUAAAAAUAUCUCGAUCAGGGGUUUUGGUAUACGGCAUGUGUAUGUUGUUCUAGUGGCGUGCAGAAAGAAAUAACGAGUAGCACAAAACUUUUUUUGUGUUGAAUACAGUGAAUUGAAGUGUGGUAUAGUUAAGCUUUGACAACUGUCUCGCUAUGGCUUCAAAAGGUGGACCAAUUGCUCUUGGCACGGAUGGAGCUGAUUUUGUGCAUCGACAGCGUGUAGCAGCACAGUAUCAGAUUAGUGCUCUAAAUAAAUCACGGCUUAAAUACUGCAUAUUUUUUCACUACUUAUUAUUCUUUGCGAUGCUUGCAAAACUGUCUGCAGAUAUUCUGGAUCGCUUGGAUAUAUUCAUUUUAGAAAUAGAAGAACUUCAGAUCCCAGAGCCGCUCUGGUGGGAGUAUAUCUGGUGCAUUAGUCUGCUCCUGUCAUUUCUCGGAUUGGCAGCUGUACGCAAGAACCGGAUAAAAACCAUGAAACAAUAUAUGAUGGGAAUAAUUCUAUUUGGAUUUGGCCCACUUAUGUAUGCAGCAGUGUUCUAUUUCACUGAGGUGUUGGAAUACCUCAGUGAUGGUGAAACUGAGGAAAUUCAGAUGUGGCAAGGAUACCCCUAUGCACUACUGUGGUAUGGAUUCAUCUUACUAGCUGUCCAAGUCCAUUUCUUUUCAUUGUACUUUGCAUGGAAUCUUGUAACUGCUUGGAAAGCCAGAGGAGCAAAAAAAGUUGACUGAAAGUGCAUUUUUUAAUAAUUUCAUGUAUUCAGUUUAGUUAAUGAUGCCCCUCUGACAAUUCAUUGGUUUUUUUCUUUUUUAAAAAAUAUUUUGUUCACUAUACCAAUAUUUUAAUUCACAAGUUGCAGAUGGAUGCAUACAAUAAUGUAACAUGCAGAACAGGCUUGUAUUUAAUGUCAGUGUGUUAAUACUGCAUAAACAAACUGAUUAUUUCAUGAA